GGGUUCCGUACUAGACAAUCCAUACGUAUCUAUUCCGCUUCCUCAUUGUCCUCGAUGUGUUUGUAUACAGAGAACGGAAUUUUAAUGAAAGUCCUACGCGAUUUCGUAUAUACGCGAUAUAUUGGAAAUUUCGGCGUUUUCCAUGCAAAUGGUAUUAGAAAAAUUCUACAUUCUUCCUUUCUACAUGUAGAAAUCAUUAUUCGUGUCGUAAUCACCACCUAAAUGGCUUCACCGCGAAGAUUAGUGUCCACACUAAAGCAUCUGUCACCUCGGCCACUAGAAAGUGCUAUAUCGAACGUUAGAACAUCUCGAAGUCCUAAAACUCCGGAUAAUAUUCGCCAGAAAAAAGCGGUAGACGAAAAGCUGUUGUCACCGUUCAAUAUCGAUACUCCUAAUAGGGUCAAAUUGCUCAAAGACGGUCUACCGAGGAAACAUCACUCUGUGCUCGGAGCUGGUGCUUUCGGUACCGUCUACAAGGUGUUUUACAAAGGAGAUCAAGUAGCAGCAAAGGUAAUUCCACGUAAACAAAACGACGAUGAAGUAAUAAACUCGGAGAGACACGCGGCUAAUCUGCGACACGCCAACAUCGUGAAAAUAUUGAGCAUAGAACAGGGCAGUAGCUUAUCGCUGAUAACGAUGGAACUGUGCGGUACGUCGUUGCAGGACAGGCUGCAGGAAUCGGCUCUGUCGAAAGAAAAGCGUGUUUCCAUUUGGAGAGACAUCGCUAGCGCGCUCCAAUUCUGCCACAAUUCCGGCGUGAUACACGCAGACGUCAAAGCAACUAAUAUUCUAAUGGCAGCUGAUGGUCAAGCUAAGCUCACCGACUUUGGGAGUUCGAUAUUGGUCGAUGAACCGCAUGUUUCAAUCAGGCCGCGAGGCACACCAGGUUACGCAGCACCAGAAGUGCUUCGAGGAGACGUACCUACGUUCGCUGCCGAUAUUUAUUCACUAGGAAUCGUAGCCUGGCAAAUGCUGUCUCGAGAAGUACCCUUCCAUGGAUUACAUAGCCAUACUAUCAUAUAUAUCUCUGUAAAAGGAACGCGUCCUAAAGAUGAAGCUCUCGAUGACGAAUUUGCUGGAAGAUACAAGGCACUGUUCAGAGCAGCGUGGUUACAAAAUGUCACAGACAGACCUUCACUUGGUGAAAUAAUCAGUAGACUUGAUCUCUUGUAAUCAAUAGUUAAUAUUUAUUUAGUC